AUGUAUUGCAAUAAAUUGGUUCUCAUUGCGAGCGUAACAAUAAUAUGCUUUGCUUCUGUGUUUGGUGAAGACGAAGAGAAACUUGGUUGGAAGGAGGAUGAUGGAUUGGAGAUUAAAAUAAUAAAACCAAUCAAGCCAGAAAAAUGUAAGAUAAAAAGUCAACCGGGCGAUAUCGUUGAACAGUUCUACAAACUAUCCGACAAAGAUGGACAAACAAUAGGAUCCAAUUUCGGCAAGAAACCAUAUGUAUUUACACUUGGUAAAAGUCAAGUUAUCAGUGGUAUGGACCGUGCUAUGACCGGUAUGUGCAUCGGUGAAAAGAGAAAAGUGGUCAUUCCAGCACAUUUAGGUUUCGGUGAUGACGGUCGUGACAGAGAUAACAUAAAAGGUGGACAAACAUUGUACUACACAGUACAACUUGUAGAUUUAUUUAGACCGGUACCGGGUGAUUCAUGGACCGAUGAAGAUGGCUUAAAAAUUGAGGCAUGCAUUUAUUUAUUAGUAAAAUUGAAAUGUUGCGAAAUAAAUGCUAUAAUAGUGCCAUGUAAUGUAACACAUAAAAUUGAUAAGACGAAAUGUCGUAUGGCGGAGAAAGGUGAUACAAUUCACCAACAUUAUACGCUUCACUUACAAAAUUUUGAUGGAACAUUUGUUGAUUCAAGCUUUAGCCGAAAUAUGCCAUUCAUCUUCAAACUUGGAAAAGGAGAGGUGAUCGAAGGUAUGGAUCGAGCAAUGAAUGGUAUGUGUGAAGGAGAGAGACGAAAAGUGAUCAUUCCAUGGAAAUUAGGAUAUGGUGCUGAUGGUCGAAAGCCAUCAAUACCUGGUAAAGCUGAUUUAUACUUCGAUAUCGAACUUCAUAAAUUAAUCAAACACGAUGAGUUAUAA